AGCGAUUCUUGGGAAAGUUUCUUUUUUUUAUUUCCCUCUCCGUCGAAUAAAGGGCGGCCUGUAGUGGGCAAGAAAAGGGUUUCGCGAUUCCCCCCGGCUCUCGUAGAACUUGGUCGCAAUCCGGUGUUGAGUGGAACGCUGUCUCGAAGUUGGUUAGCUUGUUUAGAAACGCGUAUGCACAUACGUCUCUGCCUGUGUGUACAGUAGAGCGCGCGUGUGUAGGCGCUUCCGCGUUGGACAAAAUAUUUCCGCUUAAAACGCUUUACUUCUUCCUCCUCCUCCCCCCUCGACUGUUAGCUCGCAUCUGUUGCGUUCGUGUUGGAGCGAAUAAAUUGCGAAUCCGGUAUUGAUUUUGCGCGCUCAACCUCCGCCUCCGAAAGAGGAAGGCAAAGCGAUGACGAGAAUAAAACGAGACCUCCGCUUUAUUAAUCGGUUUACCUUUUUCGGGGGAAAAGAAAGAAAGAAUAAAAACUUACAUUACACGACUCGCCGUUUCUCGAAACUAUCGCCGAGAAUUCCUUCGACCGUGCGUAUCGAGAGCGUUGCGAAUGUUAACCCUUGCACAGUUUUUAACCCUUGAACGCUUGAUUUCCUCGAGAGAUCGCAUCAAUCCGGAGGAGAACGCGAUUGAAACGAGUCUUGCUCUCCCGAGUAUCGGCGUAACCGCGUUCGAACUUUCUUCUCGCUCGUUCGUGGGCGGGACAGAAGAAACCACGUCCUCCUCGAUCGUUGUUUUCGAACGCCUCGCCAGCAAGAAAGGAAAAAAGGUGAUAAUGGAACGCGGGAAAGAUGGUGCUCGACCCCGAAAGAGACGAGAGAGGAAGAGAGACUCGAGGGAAAGCCCUUCCUCUCUACCUCUCUUUCGAGUAACUCGAAGAAAGGAGUUGUAACGCGACGUGAUACCCGCGCGGGAGAGCACGGAUCCGCUGAAUCGGCAGGAGGGAAAUUUCUCGUGGCUGACGAGGAGGAAGCCGGAUCGUCGCCGUUGUCAGCAUCUUGUUGACAAUCUCUCUCCUUCCCCCUCCUCCUCCUCGUCAAACGGAACACACGUUGUUUCGCAAGGGUUGAAAAGGUCGAACCGCGGGGACCACCAGUCAGUCUGCCCUAGAGAGUUUCCCUAUAGCCACGCUGAUGAAGCGUCUGCCCGUCGAUUGGACGCAAUUUCGCCACCAAUUAGCGCAGUUUCCGCCACCGCGCUUUUAUUUCCACCCCUCUUCUCCUCUUUCUCCAUGACGCUUCGUUAGAUUCAUUCUUUCCUCUCCUCUUCCCUCCUGGUAGCUUCGAAUUUCCUAACGAUAGUUCGGUGUAUAUCGGAGUACGGAACGCUGAUCACGACUAAUUAGGGGGAGAGAAAAAAUCUCGACGACACCGCUCGGUAUUUUAACUCGAAGAAUCAAGCGGAGACGAGCGAGGAGUAUCGCUCGUGCUAAUAGCGGAUAGUAAUCCUUGGACGUUUAGUUUAAAACUCGUCAUCGUAUGUGAGUAUAGAUUGCAUUCAGAGAGCGCAAUUAACCCGGAUAGGAGAGCCGGUAUAGUUCGGUGCGCUUUUUACUUACGAGACGAAAUAACGAAAAGUUGCAAGCGCCGCUACUUCGAUGGAAACUCACGCGACUUAAUAAUACUUCUUAACGUGUCAUCAUGCUCCUCUAUCUGCACCUGUGAUUUCGCACCUUUGUAACCCCGAUGUGAUUUCGAAAGGGGGAUGUAUUUCGGGAAAACACGCGUGUAUCGUGUGACGCUUCGGUCGAUAUAUUGAAAAUUCAUCGCGAUGGAAUCGAUCGGAUAGGAAACACGCGAAUAAAACGGUAUUAUGGCUCGGUUUCCUAAUUUAAUUGGAAUUAAAUUUUUACCGCGUACGCUGCACACGUUAUGUUACUCCACAAAAAUUGGCCGACUCUUCGUACUUGCUUUUUAAUACUCCCUUCCCCCCUCCCUACGUCACUCCUACGAAGCGGCCAUAACUUUGUGUCGCUUUAAUAUCGCUUUAAUACGCCGUUUUCGCGCUCCUACUUACGCAGAUAUCGUGCGCCCGUAAUGAAAAUGCCUGGCGGUCCGCCGCUGAUUAACGCUCGAACGAAAAUAAAUCCCGUUUCAGAGCAAGAGGGGGAGGGAGGUAUGCGCGUAAGACGAGGCGACCGCCAAUAUAUUUCGCCCGUUUUUUUUUUUUUUAGUUAAAGCGGGGACAAACGACGGUCGUCAUAUCAAUGGCGAAUUCAGAUGUGAGGAGGGAAUCCUCUCACCCAUUGUCCGCCUCGGUGCAUCUUGGCUCGAAACGUGCACGUCGAUCCGACUUCGCAACAAUCGUCGCCUUAACGUCGCGUGCGUCGUUGAAAUGUUCGUUCAAAUUGGCCGAAGGAAACGGAGGGGGAGGAAGAAUAAUUCGUUUCUCCGUUUCCUCGGAGGAGGUGUAGUCCACCACGUGUCCACGACUUGGAAGAAAAUUGAUCGACCAAUUAACCGGAAUCGGGCCACUCCUCCUCCUCCUCCUCCUCUUUUUUAUCGGAUUAUCGAAAGGAUGAGCCAAAGGUCGUUGACUCCAUCCCCUUCCGAUUUACCGUAUUCCCGUUUCCGCUCGGAAAUAAUCAGAAACAGAGAGAGAGAGAGAGAGACAAAGAGACGAGGAGGAGGAGGACGACGAGGCUUGAAAUCGCAUCGAUCGCACCACGCGACUGAAUAACCUGCAUUUGCCAACCCGAUGUGCCAACUUCGGCGUAAAACGAUCGUUCGACCGUUAUAAGCCGGCAUCGAAGCCGGCAUCGCUCUUGUCCGCUCCGCUGGAACCGAUGAUCGAUCAUAGUUUCCAGCCCCGUCUCGCUGUCGUUUCUUGUAAUAAUAAAGCGUGUACGCGCGGUAUCGGAGUAUGGAGAAAGUUCAACCCGCAUUCUUGGCGGAGCAAUCGAGAUUGGACACGAUACGGAUUCGAUGCGGAUAAUUGGCGAAUUCGAAAGGAACGGGUGGAAUAUUACUCUCGAUCAUCUUAGAACGUAAAUGAUAUAAAUUCUCGGAACGGAUUAAUUAUCUUUCUCGCGUCGUGAUCAAAAUUUCUUUGCUCGUCCCUCGUCGAUCUGAUGUAUUUUAUGAUGUACGUGAUCUACACAUCUUUCUUUCGUGCAUGUUUUCUUUGUAUCGCGUUCCCGUUAUCGAUCGGCGUUACGACACGCUGAGGAAAUUAUUUAUUAAACGGAGAGAGAUUAGAAGAACGUUCGACACGUUUUUCUUUACGUCGGAUAAUACGUUGGAAAUUCAAAACAGAUACGUGGCGCCGGUCGGAUAAGUACGUAUUUGAUUACCGUGUUAAUCUAAGAGCAUUAAUCCCCACCGGCUUGAAUAUUAUCUGUGUCGUAACGAGGCGAGUAUAAAUUUAACGCUUGUCCCUCUCUUAUCUAGCAAGUUUUAUUGCGAAUCGAUAUCGAUGCCGUCGCCUCUCCGCGCUUCGGAUUCUUGCAUCGUCAAAGGUUCACGAUUUUUUUUCUCUUUUUUCUCCUAAUAAAAAGAGAAGCACGUUAGGAAAUAGCACGACGCGUAGUAUGAUAUUCCCGAUUUCACGAGGAAUAAAGCAUCCGUCGGUUUGUCCAUUAUUUCCACACGGUGGGAGUCGCUCUGCCCUCCGAUCCGAUUUUUAAACCUUUCUCCUCCAUCCUUUCUCUUAUUGUUAUCGUUCCCGGCUUUAUUGGCUCUUGAAAUUAAACUUCGAAAUUGCGACGGUUCAGCUGCGGCUGAGUUAUUAUCGCUCCCUUUGCUCGUUUCUGCAUGGUCCUCGUACCGUGUGUAAAAUUGAUCGAUGACAUCGUCCUCCACUGUCGACUCCUCGUCAUUAUCACCUAUACAUAGUACAGGUACUAGCUCAACUUUCCACCCGCGUUAAGUGCGCCUCGUGAUCAACCCUACGCCGUCAAAUUAUCCCCGUUCCACGCUCUCGAAUUAAAUUUUCGCCGAGAUAAUUUAUAAAAGUCUCGACCCGUCGAAUAAUUGACCGUUGGGUCGAGGGAAUUUUUUUCGCCGCAAUUGCGAAAAAAUUCCAUUUCGAUUUUUGACCCAUCCGUCUGUGGGAAAGUACACAACAGGGGAUAUCGGCCUUUCUCCCUCUUUUUGAUUUGCUAAUCAAAAUUUUGCCCUUCGGCCUCGAUCGCCGAUGCAGCGGGGCCGCCGAUUUAUCAUCGGAAAAAACGCAAGGGAGUUUCCCGGUGGUCGCACGAGCACUCGUUACGGUUUUAUUUGUUUCGGCUGGGGCAGAGGCGACGAUCGAUCCUCGGCGGCGUCGCAGCCGCCGCCGCCGCCGCCACCACCUUCCAUCGCCUCUUUCUCUUGGUAUCUCGGUGACUUCGGCUCGCUCUACCUACACCAACCUAAUCGAUACUCGACCCGACUCGUCUCGAUUCGAUUCCCUGCUCUCUCUCUCCCUCCCUGAAAGACGAAGACGACAUCAGACCGUCUCAGACCGGGUCUUCCACGAGAUCUUUUGUGUCUCGGGCGCGAUCUAAUCGCUCGAUCGCGCUCCGAAGCGUAGCAGAAUUCCGCUCGACUUCCCCCUGUUGACCUUCCGCCUCGUCCCUCGAAGACGGUUGCGUAAUUAUCGAGCAUAACCGGAUGCUAAGGAUAAUACCUCUAAAAUCCUCUUUCCUUUUCUUCUUCUUUCCUCCCUUUCUUUUUUCUUUCUCAUUUUUCUGAACCGACGAUGUCGAUUCGUUUAUCCAGAUAGAUUUUCCCCCUCCCCUUUUCUCGCGACAGCUUCUUUUAUUGGCCACAGGGCUGUCGUCGAAGGCGAAUUCUUCCCUCCUCCCAGCGGCUAGUUAAAAUUGAUCCUUGGAUAUUAAACCGGGGAAGGCACCUCCCCGGCUACACCUGGCAAGAAAUUUCCUCGAAGAGCUCUCCUCUCUCGAGAGAGAGAUGCACACAAUGUAAAACGGUAAUCUUGUUUCCCUAGCGUCGGAUGAUCAAAGAAAACGGGAGUGGGAAGCAGCUUUGGUGAAAAAGAAUAACGAAAUUACAUUUCGCAAUUUCGCGGCGGACAGAAGUUGCCGUUCUGACGGGAAUAUUAUGUGUAUAUAUAUAUAUAUAUAUAUAUAUACACAUAUAUAAAUUGGGACAAAGCUAUCGUGCAUUGAUAUCGACGCUUGUUUUAAUCCCCCUCGAGGGGGGCGCGUGUUUGAAUUGAUCGAGCGCGCGCUUUUUUCGUCCCGUUUCGCUCCACCCACGCUUUAAUUGGCCAACAUUACGUAAGGGUGGCCUAAUGCGCGCAUCAAGAUCGCGGCCUCUCCGACUCUAAUGCGUUAUGAAUUAUGCGCUCGAGGGUUAAGUCCCUUUUAGUCCCUCGGCUUACUUUGACGAGCCUCGUCCUCCUCUCGUAUCAUUAUACGUUCAAGUAGAAUUACCAGCGCCGCCCGCAUUUCCUAGCAGCGCGGUUAUUGCAUAAUUUCUCUUGCCCUGUCCCUUUAAGCCUUUGAAGACAAACUCGCCGCCGGUUUAUGCGAAACACUACACGCGUCGCCCAACAUCGCUCCGAGCUUUCUAAAAGAAAAAAAGAAAACCUUUUUUCAACGCUUGCAAGGAUAUCUUAUCGGAACUGUACUAUGUAUAAAUAUAGUUAUAUGAUAUAAAUAUAACUAUAUAUAAAUUCUUUCUCCCUCUUUCUCUCUCUCUCUCUCUCUCUCUCUCUCCCUUUCCCUUUUUCUUUUCACCACCUCGAAAAGAUCGACCGAGCAAGCUGCAACCGGUCCCGUUUCAAGCGUUGUUGAACCGACGGCCAUUCAUCGGUUAGCAUCCAUCGGUUUCCUUCUAUUUCCGGCAAAAGGAAUUACCGUUCCUCCGAGGAAACGUGCUUCGCGAGACUUAUCUGGCGGCCGGUUGCGCGCAAGUUAUAGCGUGACGGGAAAAUGGGUGGGUGCAUCUAUUUUCGUUCCCCGGUCACGUAACUACUAUGCGGACAUACAUUAUGCGUUGCUACUCGGGGGUAUUCAUCGAGGUUGCGGCUUACACCUCGCAACCUCCGUCCCGAGCAUCGACGUACGUACGUAGGCAACGUAACGACCCACACCGUCCAGGAAGCGGGCUACGCGCGAUACGUGUAUGCACGCGUCAACCGCGGCGUAAUUACGACGGAUCAUCGUACGAGGGGGUGGAAAAAGUUGGCUCUUUUUUUUUGAUUUUUACGCUCGGCUAACUCUCCGCCCAUUUAUCUUAAUGCUUCGUUCCCCACGGAUUAUCAAUCUUGACCGCCGCCGUGACCCUUCUCGAUCGAUCUUUAACUUUUUCUCACGAAUCACCGCAUCGCCCCCCUUUCGAUUCUCAAAUUCUCUUCGUCGAUCGAUCGAUCAUUCGUUUUUGCUUCGCAGGAUGAAGUGUGUAUAUGUAUACGGAUUUUUACGGGGCUUUCGUGUUUCGAAGCUCGGACGCGUGCGCCGUCGAGCUUCUUUCGCGUAUUUAUAGCUUAUUACAGAGGGGAGGGGGAGAGGGCAGUAACUUUGGUACGAAAUGACGUAUCGCGCGAUAAGAAUUGCCGUCGGCCUCUCUCGCCUGUGUAAACCCGUAAUUUAUGCUACGAUAAUCGAGGUAAUAAAACGGCGGCCAAAUAAAAAUUGCGCUUUCCCCGAACUUCUCGUUGCCCCGGGGUGGCGACUUUGACGACGAUCGCUCGGCCGUCACCCCGCUCGUCCGACAUUUUUAAUUAAAACUUCUUCUCACUCGCCAUGACUUUUCCUUUUCUUCGUCCUUUGAACGUAUUCCCCGAGAACGAGUUCCUCGACGAGUAACGUUAAUUAUUCCGCCCCGGGUCUUUGAUUAUUCUUACCACCCGCGUCAUCCCGCGUUUCGAUCCCGCUGUUAUUUAUUCUCCCCGCUGAAUUACCUUUUCCUCGCUUUUCACCCGAAACGUUGCCCAAAAAUCAACACGUGUCCGCGAGAAAUCUCGUUCUUCCUCCUUGGAACGAAGGAAUUCGUACAAUUAACAGUUGGAAAUUGAGAGAAAUCUUGUCCCGAGUUAGAUGCUGUCUACGAUACUUGGACAAAGUACGACGAAUCGAAGCUCGAUCCCCGAUAAGGUUCUCGAAGGAGGAGGGUCGAAGGGCAAUAUCGAUAGGCAGUUGGACGAGGCUGAUUAUUUUCCCCGAUUCCGGCGCAUUCAGCAUUCCACCAACCGCUAUUAGUUUCUGUGCGGUGGUUGCGACGCCAAGGCCGUUCCCUUGGGGGAAGAGGGGGCACUGGAAUUGCUUCCGCUCGCUAGCUAGCUAGCAUUCGUGCUAGCUUUCGAUAUUCGUGCGGACAAAAUGAAGGAACGAAUACGUAUAUAUAUAUAUAUAUAUAAAACGAGGGGACCCGUCGCGUGUCCUUUUUCCGUGCUCGACGCCGGUUGAAGAGCCACUCGUCCCGAUCGAUCGAUCGGAAACUAUUCCCGGCCAUUACGGCGGAGUGGUGAUCGGUGGGAGAAGGACGACUUCGGGGAGAGCGUGGCUCGGACGAGGACGACGAGGCAAGGAGGAGAGAACGCGAGAGCGGGCGGCAACCAUUCUCUCUCUCUCUUUCUCGCCCCCUCCUCGUGCCGCAGCUCAAUGCACAGCGAUUCAUUAUGCAUGAGACGCGAGAUCUGUUCAAGUGCGACGGAGGAACGUGUGUGCACGCGUAACCGAGCGACAGUUCGUGAUAAUGAUGGCCCAAUAACGGGGAACAAAAGAUAUCAAUCGAGGCUAUUUGGACGCGCCUCGAGGGCCUUUCCACGCGAUUGUUUCUUCUUCCUCCGUUGUCGUGCCGUCGAUUUCCCGUCACAAUACGAGUGUCAGAUGGUUCGCCUUUUUUUUUAUUAGCCCGUCUUCUCCCCUGAUUUCUUUAUCAGGAUCGAGCAGAUUCUCGUUCGAGCGGAACAAGAGUGGCAAUUCGAGGAGUGUGUAUAUUAUAGGGGCCCGUGGAAAAUUUAAGUGGAGUAAAAAAGUAAAUAUCCAUUUUUCGUCCGGAUCAAUUCGUCUCUCAAUAUUUGCCCUUUCGAUGGCUUUCCUUUCAUCCGCCAUAUUUUUCCAGCGAUAUGCUAGGGUAAAUAAUAAAUACCGUUUCGACGUGAUUUCAUCGAACUGUAUCGAACGUGGGAGGAACGAUCGAGACGAAGGUGAAACGAAGGGGACGCGUUAAAUACAAUUUGCGAGCACGUGGUUUAACUUGUCGUUCUUUCCAACAGAAAGAAAAUUUCUCUGCGUAAUCCAAAUACAUUUUUAUCGACAAGAGGUGCCACGCUCAAAGGUGCUUCAAAGCUUGGUUGAUGUCGAAAAGGAUUCGAUCGAGAACGAGGGAGGGGGGGAGGUGGAAAAAAAUACAAAAACCGUCCUUUUAUGGAGAACAUCAAAGAAUUGGGUCUCGAAAUUCGAGGGGGAGGGAGGGGGAAAAAAAAUAAAAAAAUAAAAAGAAGAAAAUUGAAAUUUCCCUCCAUCGUAUCGAUAGCGAACGAGAGCGUCGAUAUCGAAUCGUUCGAGAAACGUUGUUGCUAAUCGUCCAUUCUCUCCCCUCCCUCCCUCACGUCAAAGAUGACGGCAGAGAAAGAAGAUAUUUACUGCGCCGAACAGAUCAAGAUUCCAUCCUCGUUUCCAUACAUUUUGAAACAGUACGCCAAAGCCGCGAUUCGAACGCAACCCUACGAUCUUCUCCAAUGGACUUGCGCUUAUUUUCGUGCCCUCGCCAAUUCCGAAAUCCCUCCUGUCAAAGAGAGAUUGGAGUAUCCCCCCUUCAGCCACCCAACAGGUAUCACACCUGGCUUCCUGAAGACCCUUUUGAACGUGUUCAAUUUCGCGGAGAAUGUUUGCUUGAAGGCCAUGCUGGACAAGUGGCGGGGCCUCGCUCUGCCCGACAAGACCCUUUUCCAGCUCAUGCUGGUGGGCAAAUUAUUGGACAAGAAAGAGUGCAACUUUUACAAAUUUCUCGCCAUCGCUUGCGGAUUCCUUGGUAAGAAUCUAUUAGAAACGAUGAUAUACGUGUGCGAAUUGCUGACGGAGGAGCCAGAAGGUGGAUCAGCGAUGAUACCUCUCCCGAUGUUCAUACAUUUGUACCAAUACCUUGCGGAGCUCGAUUGCAGCGGUAGAUAUUCCUACAUAGAGGAAAAGCUCGAGCCUUUUCUUCCCUGCGUUUGCUCCGAUUUCAAGACACCCGAGCUGAGCUUGGAACCAUCCGUCGAGGACGAGAUGAAGGAGGAGAUCGCAUACGAGUACGUGCCUAGCGAGACUCAAUCGUCGGAUAUCCUGCGAAUUUGGACGGAGUGCCCUCCUAUCGACGGGGAAGUGCAUCAGGUGACGCCUGUCCCGGACGGCACCGAGCCUAAAUCGACGGAUCGGAGCGAGAAUCCAAAGAGCGAGGGUAACCCGAUGCAAUACGACGGAAAGUUCACCAUUCCCGAGCAUAUCCACCCCAUGGAUUUCCCUUACGAGAAGGAGGACGAAUUCUAUUUCGGGGAAGAGGAGAUCGAAGAGAUGGAGCCGUACGACGAAAUCUACGAUUACGAACCGAUCGGCCUCGAGGAUAUCCUGCGCGGUAUUUGCGAAUGCAUGGAGCCGGUUAUCGAACGCAUACCCACUCCCCCGCCCGUCGACCCUUUCAUCGAGUUUCUGGACAAAAUGAAACAGGAGGUGAAGGAAGGCACCGUGGAUACGUAUUUUCUUGUGAGGGGGAUCGGCCCACCCGUCACGGAAAAUCGUAUUACGGCGGUCGGCCUGUGGCUGGCGGAUUGCGCUCGUCGCCAGGAAGGGCUGGUCGGACCGCGAAACAUCAGGCAUUUCCUUUGCCCGGAUCUCGACGAUCGCCUUUACGACAAUCUCCCGACUUGUUACAAUCGAUAACGUUCGAUUCUAUGCACAAUAUGUACAAAUGUGAAAAGAAAAAAGUACACGCAUCUGUCUAUCUAUCUGUCGUACUUUCGUCGAAUUUUCUUGCCUGGAAACGGAACGCGGAAAGAGACACGUGUUGCUGCGCUCCUGCUUUCCCCUGACGCGUCCUCCUCUCCUCCUCGCUCGCUCUGCUUCGUGAUGGGCCAACGCGAUUCGUGAUACACGAUCGAAUCGUUAAAUACGGGGACGUGAUCGACAAAAUGACGCGUUUCCGUCAUGCACAGAGAUACGCGAUCACGAAACGCACGCAGGUUGUUUACAUUUUUAGGCAACUCGCCGCAUAAAUUUAUGCACAUUCUAGAUUUAGAGGGCUAUUUCAGAUUCCCGUCGCCGACACUUGGCCAGAUAUUCGACACCCAUUAGCCUCU